AUGGCAGACGACGAUCUGGAGAAGCCACAUGCAAAAUCACAGAUUCGACAGCGACUUGAUGCUGACGUCGACGCAAAAUGGGCGGAUUUGAUACUCUUAGGUUGUUUCUUCUGCUCAGGUCUGGUCGACAGCAUGGCGUUCAAUAUGUACGCGUGUUUUGUCAGUAUGCAGACAGGCAACACCAUCUUCGUCGGAUUGGGAGUCAAUGGACAGCCUGACUCGGCGCCCCGGUACUCCUGGGCGAAGUCGUUGGCGGCAAUCGUGUGCUUUGCACUUGGUGCCCUAUUCUUCUCGACUUUUCAUCGAACAUUUGGCCCACAAAAGCGAUGGGUUCUGAUUUCGUCGUUUGCAAUUCAGACGCUUCUUAUCGCUAUCGUUGCCAUCAUCACCACGGCUUCGGUUAUCCCUAAUAUGCCGCCAGUAGUUAUUACCGAGAACAACUCACAGUUCCUCACAUUUACUAUCCCGAGUGCAUUUCCUGGAUCCGAUUUUGCUGCAAUCACUAUCUUGGCCUUCCAGAGUGCUGGUCAAAUUGUUGCCAGUCGCGUGCUGAAGUACAACGCGAUGCCGACCGUGGUCCUGACGAGCUUGUACUGCGAUCUCAUGAGCGACGCACAGCUCUUUACUGCGCCUCUUGGCGAGAAUGCUGACAGGAAUCGUCGCUUCCUUGGAGCUGUACUUCUAUUGUGUGGUGCCAUCUCUGGCGCUUUCCUCACCAAGUCCGACGCUGGGUUCAAGGGCGGCUUAUGGAUCGCGGUCGGCAUCAAAGCCGCAAUGACUGUAGCUUGGUUCUUCUGGAAACAGAAAAAAGUUACUUCUAAGUAG